AUGGGUUGGCAGAGAGUGGUCGAGGAGCCUCCCAGUGGACAGCUGGACACAGGGUCACCACCGGGAGAAGUACCGCAGGAAGUGAAACUCCAAAGACAUGUGGGACUUGUUGGCGGUAUCUCGUUUGUCGUUGGAACCGUCAUUGGUUCUGGUAUCUUCAUCACACCUCAGGGUGUACUCCAGAACACCGGCUCUGUUGGCCUGUGUAUAGUGCUGUGGGCUCUGGGAGGAGUUCUGUCAAUGCUGGGCGCCCUGACUUACUCCGAGCUGGCGUCAGUUGUCCGCAAAUCAGGGGGACAGUAUGCGUACUUGAACGAAGCUCUAGGUCCUAUUCCGGCAUUCCUGGUAGUAUGGACGCGGGAGGUUGCUAUGAGUCCUUCAUCUACAGCAGUCGUCUCCCUUACUUUUGCCGAAUAUUUUGAGUCAAUGUUCGUCGUUUGUGGAUCACCAGAGCUACCAAAGAAAUUGAUUGCGAUUCUUCUCAUCAUGACGCUGUCGAUCAUCAACUGCUUCAGCCCUAAACUGGCAGCCCGUGUCCAGGUUGUGUUCACUGGAGCCAAGCUGCUGGCUCUCCUCGUGAUCAUUACUGGAGGUGUGGUAUGGAUGGCCAAAGGCGUGACGUCUGACCUGAUGACGGGUUUCAAGGGCACCACCGAUUCACCUGCUUCUGUAGCCCUUGCUCUCUACUUCGUGAUGUUUUCAUACGGCGGCUGGAACAACGCGAACAAUCUACUUGAGGAGGUUGAGAAUCCGAGGAGGUAA